AUGUCUGAACCACAUCAGGACAAAGUGGAAGAGAAGAGGGACGAGGAGGGGAAUCCACAAAUACAAGAUGCAGAAGUCAAAGUUGAGACCACUGAAAAGGAGGAGGGGAAAGAUGAAUCUGACAAUGUAGUCCAGGACGACAAGGACGAGACAUCAAAGGGAGUUAGUGUAGCUGUAGCUGAUGCCAAGGCUGAGGUGAAUAAUGAACCAGAACAAGUCAAGGAUGUGGAAUCUCAACCUCAGAGAGUGCGAGAGAAACCAUCACCUCUGACGCUACCUACGGAUCUCUUAAACACACACGAAGCAGAUGCUCUCCACCCACCCGACUCACCCACGACCUCACUCAUAACCUCUCUUCGUACUCAACUGUCUUUGCUGUCGGACCAAUCAAUCCAACUGAAUCAAAAGCUCAUAUCGUCCAUAAGUAAAUCGGCAGAUCUGGAAGAUGAGCUACACGAGCUUCGGGCUCAACACCGAUCGUUGACGGACCACGCGGGUGAACUGGAGAAGGAGAAGAACAAAUGGGAAGAAUCGAUGAAUACUGGAUUACUAGUUGAGCGAUCGCAGAUCAAAGAUGAGAUGCAGAAAUUGGCUCAGGGAUUAGUAGAAGAAGAAAGAAGGAGGGGAACAGCGGAAGAAAAGAGAAGAGAGGUGGAGAAUGAGGUGGAUGAUUUGACGGCCAAAUUGUUUGAUCAGGCAAAUGCUAUGGUAGCUACUGAACGGAUGUCUCGAGCUGAAGCUGAAGCACGCUUGAAAUCGACAGAAGAGAAUCUAGCUGCUGCUGAAGCUGCCGUCCGAGAUAUGCAAUUACAUCUACAAUCCCUACCACCUUCCGCCGUCCAACCUUCAGCUACGACUUUACCACCACAUACCGCAGCGGCUGAAGGUACCUCAUCAAUAUCGAUAAGCAGGAAAUAUCUCUCAUCACAUGUCCCUUAUUCGGAAUUCUUGAAUUUCAUCCAACAUCUAAGAACACUUCGACCUAUCAAAGACACAUCCAAAAACACCUUCCCACCACCACUCAUAACCAAUCUCCUCACUCAGCCUUUCUUGGCCAGAACGAUCAUAGAAGAUAAUGAUACUACGUUGAGGUUGGAUAUCGCCCCUGAUCUAAGUUGGUUAUCCCGUAGAAGCGUUUCUCAAGCUAUCAUAUCUGGUGAUCUCAUUGUCGAACCGGUAUCUACAGCGACUUUAUUGAGUAGUACCAGUUCUUCGAUACAGGAAAUAAAUUGCAGUCUAUGUGGUAAAUCUAUAUUCAACCAUCACCAACAACCUCAUUCACCAGCUGGAACAUCCCAUUUCGGGCCACCUCCUGUACAUCCUCAACGGAAUUCCAAUUCGACCGCAUCGAGAUUCUCCCUCAAACCUUUCUUCGCUACCACCACCUCUUCUCCUUCAGCUACAAAUUCAAACUCUACACCGAACGUUCCAUCACCUAGUCAAUCACCCAUCUCUUCGCCUGCUAUAGGUCCUGGAGGAGCCGUAACCUCGGUAUACGUAUUUAGGAUCGCCAAACCGCAGUUACAAACUGGUAGUAAUAGUGGUGAUAAGGGAGAUUCAAAGCUGUAUCCACUAUGUAGGACUGGAUGGUGUCUUGAGAGGAUGAGAGCUACUUGUGCUUUAUGGCAUUUCGUUAGAACAGGAGUGAUCCAAGUGAUAUGGCAUGGAGAUGAUGGAUCGGGUACUACAUUGACAACCGCAACAAUAAAGGAGAAUAAUCAGCAGGUAGGAUUAGGAUCGGAAACCACGAAAGUAAAUCCUGCCGAGCAAGAUGAUCCCACUUCUGAGCGAACAAUUGCAACUGCGAAUGGAAAUGGGGACGAACAGAACAUUCAACGGCCUCCACCACUCCCUCAACGUAAGAAAUCAUCUUGGGCAUUGGGAUUCAAAUUAUCUGAUAAAUCCACUGGAGGAUGGACGAGGGGAUGGAAAUCUUCUGGUGGAACCACUAAUAGUCCACCUGGUUCGCCCGGUACCGGUGAGGAAAAACGAAGGGAUUCGGUAGGGUCUUUGGGAGCAGAAAGAGAUGAGAAUGGAAGAGUACAGACGGCCGGUGGGCUGGGGCUGGGCGAGGCAUUGAAUAUUGAUGAGAAGGAAAAAGAAAAGGAAAAGGAAGCUCCUGUUAUACAAGAACCAUCAUCACUCUCAACUGCGACCGCGAAUGAGACAAAUCAGUCGACUGAGACUGAGGGCAAACAAGAUGAAGAUUCAGCCAAGUUGGGUAAAGAACAAGAACAAGAUGGAGAAGGAGAAGGCGAAACUGGUAUGCAAGUUCAACCUCCGCCACUAUCGAGAGCGACAUCGAAUAUAUCUUCUAUCAAUACUUCUGAAACUGGAUUUCAUACGCCUAAAGGUGGUCAAGCGGAUUUACAUUCUGAAGAUGGUCACGACAAUGUUGUUGAAGAAGAGGAAGUGAAGAGGGAUGAACAAAGUACACCUCAUCCGCCAUCACGUGUGGAUACAGAUACGAAGACAGAGGACCGAGUGAUUGAAUUAGCGUCUCCCGCCUCGGGUACUGCAAGUCCGACUGGGGUCUCAGCUGGUGCUCCUCCUCCUAUACCUCGACGAGCGGCAGGUAGGAAUACAUUAUCUCAACUUAGUGGAGGGACGUCCACGCCUGUGACUAGUCAGCCACCUACUCCCGUGAAAGAUAGGGAAACGAACGAAAGGCAAGAUGAGGAUGAGGAUGAGUUGAGUAUCUUGAGAGAAUUGAGAGAUGAAUUGGAGCAGAGGAAGAGUGGGGAUGUAAGUAGGGAUGAGAAGGUCGAUGAGAAUGUACAAGAUAAACAGCAGGAUAAGAACGUAGAAGUGGAUAACACUCAGGAUGGUCAAGGCGAAGAUAACCAUAAAGAUGGAGAGCAGAAGCAGGAGGAAGAAGAGGAAGAACCCCCAUUUACACCUGUGAACCUGGAUGAGAAAUUCCCAUUAUCACCAUUACAACAACAGACUUUCCCUAGCUCUUCCACUUCUCGACCCAACUCUCACUCUGCUGCCGCAGCACCACCACCCUUACCACCUCGACACCCCAAGACACCCGUGUUACAACUAUCCAACUCGACUGGAACAGAAGGUGAAAAGAGAUAUUUCACUGUUGGUGAUAAAGGAAGUGAUAGUUGGGAGGGUAAAGCGUGGGAAAAGAUCGUAAAGUUAAAGGAGGAAAUGUGGAAAUCUAGAAUAGGAGUCUUAGAUGAGUGA